AUGGACCAACUUAAAUUUACAUUACGUUCAAAUGGAAAAGGUCUACUAUUUCACAAACCAACAAUAAAUCUACAAACAACCCAACAACAAAUCAAAUCUUUACCCAAUUUCAAAUCAAAAUUAUUAGCAUAUUACAAGAGAUUUUACAAAUUAAGAAAUUUUGAAUGUUCUCCAUCAUUAUUCAAAGUAGACAAUUCUCCAUAUCAUACUCCAACUAUUACUUCAGAUGAAUACGUGACAUUACUCAAACGUCAAUUUCAACGAGGAGAUUUUAAUUUAAAACGUAAGAAAUUUUUAGGUCUACCUCCAAUAACAGAAGAUGAAUUGAUUAAUGAAAGGUUAUUGAACACAUUAUGUUUUAUCUUUAAUCAUACUACUGCUGCACCAAAUCCAAAACUUGAUAAACUAAUAGUUACUGAACAAGAUGAAAUUGAAUCUAGUGUUGAUACAUUAGAAUCAAAAGUAGUUAGUACGAUACUACGAAUGGAUUAUGAUUGUCCUAACUUUAUUAAAUAUGAUUUCAAAUUUGAUUGGGUGAAACAGAUUGAUGCUUGGUUGGAUAACAAUAGAAAUGAGGAGAAGGAACCAUUAGCAGACAUGGAGAAGGAGAAUCAAAAAAGUAAAAAAGGAAAAAAAUCUGGAAAACAAGGUCCAAUUGGAUUGGAUUAUCUCAAGUAUAAACAAUAUUAUACCACUUUAAUGAGAAUGAAUGAAAGUUUAAAAACAUGUUUUUGA